CCCCCCCCCACCUUUUCCUUUUUCCCCUUGCAGAAUGCUCACCGCCCGAUGCUGUUCAAGAACAUUAGCAUUGCGCCUACGGUCAUGUCCACCUCUACGUCGCUCAUUAUCUUCUGUGACCGAGAAUGAUAUUCUUCAUUUUUCCAAGAUCCUCGAUCCACCCUCAAUCAUCUCGACCCUUUCUCCGAUACAUUCCUCCCUGGAGGAUCUUCAUCCGUUCAACAACGACUGGAUGCGCAAAUACAGUGGUCGCGCGACCACUGUCCUUAAGCCCCGAACCACUCAGCAAGUCAGCGAGAUUCUUAAAUGGUGUCAUGAAAGAGAAAUUCCGGUCGUUCCGCAAGGAGGCAAUACUGGCCUUGUGGGUGGGAGCAUCCCACUCAAUGACGAAGUCGUUAUAUCCAUGGCCAACAUGAACAACGUCCGCUCAUUCGACCCAGUAUCUGGAAUCCUUGUUGCCGAGGCUGGUUGCAUCCUACAAAGCCUUACAGAUUAUGUCGCACCCCACAACCAUAUAAUGCCCCUCGACUUGGGUGCCAAAGGCAGCUGCCAGAUAGGUGGUAACGUGUCAACGAACGCUGGUGGGCUGCGUCUGUUGCGUUACGGUUCUCUUCACGGUUCAGUCCUCGGCGUCGAAGUCGUUCUGCCGGAUGGGACCAUUCUCGACCAACUCACAACUCUUCGCAAAGAUAACACAGGAUACGACCUUAAGCAGCUAUUCAUUGGUUCCGAAGGCACCCUAGGAAUCAUAACCGGUGUAUCUAUCCUUACCCCGCCUGCACCUCAAGCAUCAAAUAACGUGAUUCUUGCACUCCCGCACUUUGAUAAUGUUCGCCCGCUGUAUCAAACUGUCAAAGGCCAGUUGUCCGAGAUCCUGUCGGCGUUCGAGUUUAUCGAUCGCACAGCUUAUGAUCUGGCUGUGAAGCAUGGACAGGGACGCGCUCUGAACGAGGAAGAUGUAGAAGGUGCUGAAUGCUUUGUUCUGGUUGAGACCAGUGGUGGCCGACGGGAACACGAUGAGGAGAAACUCAAUGACCUUCUUGAAACACUUCUCAGUGCUGACCGGCCUCUGAUCAAUACCGGAGUACUUGCGCAGAACCCGGCUCAGUUCAGUUCUCUUUGGGCUCUGCGUGAAGGAGUUACAGAGGCGGUGUCGAAAGAAGGAAAGGCCUACAAAUACGACAUCUCUGUGCCAUUGAGUACGUUCAAAGAGGUCGUAGAUAUCACAAGGAACCACCUCCAAUCGCAGGGUCUUUUGCACGAGGACGCUGUCAGCCACGUACUCGGCUAUGGACAUGUAGGGGAUGGUAACCUGCAUUUGAACGUGAUCGCAAAGGCGUACACGCAAGAGAUUCAGGAUGCAUUAGAACCUUUCAUUUACGAACUCGUCGCCUCCCAUCGCGGGUCAAUAUCUGCAGAACAUGGAGUUGGGUCAAUGAAGACGCAUGCCUUGCAUUAUUCCAAAGAUAAGAUCAGUCUGGAGUUGAUGAAGAAAAUCAAGGAGAUGUUUGAUCCCAAAGGAAUCAUGAAUCCAGGAAAAGUAAUUGCAUGAUGUGUAACUAGGAUUGGCAAUGAAGAUUGUGGCUCAUCA